AUAAUAUUGCUUCCCCAAAACUUACUGCAUACAGGAUUGUUCACUUUUCUCCCAGGGUCUGACAUGUGCACUUUCCACUAUUUUGAAAGCAACUCUCAAGAUCUAAGUCAUAACAAUUUCUGAAAUAGGUGGACACAAAUUUGAGUGGGACCCUUGGCUAGAGUAUAAAAUUAUGUCACUUUGUAGUAAGAGAAUCUGGCAAACCUUUCCAUGUUCGUAUCUCAACUUACUUUUGCCAUUCGCAUCACUAACAAACAACAACUCUUAGGAAGUAAUUUUUAUGACCCUGGUUUUCAUUGUUUAUGGUCCCUAAAAGGAAAACUAUGACUGCCUAUAAUAAGAAUAAAGAGAAAAUGGAAGUUCUGAUGAACUGAUGGGAUUUCUGAACUUUAAAAGUUAUAUAGGUCUCCAGAAAUAUUCAAGAUUGUCAAAAGUCUGCCAGAUUUUAAUUUCCCUCAAAUGUCGAGGGUUGAAUCAUGUUUUAAAAUUGUACAUCUUCCAUACAUAAAAUGUUCAUACAUAAAAAUGCACAUUUGAUCUUGAUCUCUACUUAUCAGGAUUUUAACGAGACCUGAGCUCUUGAUGACCUUUCUACUGAACUGACAAUCUUUCUUUAUACUCCAAAUAGUUAAUUCAGAAGAUAUUAGUAAGCACUUACCUCUGUAGAGUCUUCUACUAGACACACUGAGGGAAGAAUAAUGGAUGGCAAAAAGACUGUACACAAAAAUUACAGAUAAGCAAUAACAAACAAUAUGAUUUAAUAUCAACAUAUGGUACAACUUGGCAAUACAAAGGUUUAAAAAAGGCAACAUCAUUCAUUAAUGAUAAAAUGAGCAAAUUUCUUAACUCUCUGAAAUAUAUUCUCCAUAUGUCUAAAAUGGUGACUUCUCUCUCAUUAUUAGAUAUGACAAUUCAGUUAGAGUGCUUAUUCAGUAUUUGACACAUGAGCAAAGGCACAGUAACAGUGAGUGUGGAAACCAGGAAUGGUGAUGAAAUCUGUGCCAGCUGCCAAAGUAAUAUUCAAAGGGGAAAACAGAAUCUAGUCCAGGUAACAACAUGAGCAGAGAAAUAGAAAUGGAUAUUUUUAAGAAAAGCAUUUAAUUUUAGCAUUUUAGAAAUUAUGUAUUAUUGUUAGUCUGCUUAAGACCAAAUUACAUAUUAUUAUCUAAUAAUGCAUAAGCCCAUAUUAACUUUCUUUUCAAUAACAACAUAGAAACUGAAUUUAAGAGAUCUUGAACAGAUAACCUAUCUAUUACUUUGGCUUCAGACAGGCAGGAUCAUUUUGAGGUUAUUACUUGCUAUUUGCUUGAGAUGACAACAAAGAAAAAUCAUGGCAAUUUUCAAGAUAUAAAGACCUUUAUUUGGUGGCCAAGCCUCUUUCACUUUAAGGUUAAGAUAACACCUUGAAGUAGCUCCCUCUGGAGGUACCCUACAAGGGCACAAGUAAUUUUGAGGACCUCUUUCCUUUCCCUAGAACUGUCAAUUAUCAUUAAUGUUCCUGACAGUUUGCUUCAUCCAGGGCAUUUGCUGAGUUGGAAGGAGUUACUCUUGAGUGUCUGAUUUAUGGAUAGGGAACAACAGUCAAUGUGAAAACUUCAAUCAAGUAAAUGACUAAAGACACAUCUACUGCCACAAACAACGUCUCUUUGUCCAUCUUGGUAGAUGGAGAUACCAAAUGUUUAUUAGAGUGCAUACAUUGUAAGAAAGACAGGGCUGGGCGUCCCCUCCUCUCUAACAACAGGGUCAGUCGGCCACGCGUGCACCGUAGAGCCUGGGAAACGGGCCCAGCUCGCGCCGGGAGGCGGGCUAAAGCGGCGCGAGCAGCCACGGCGCCCUAUGCUGCGGCCGAGCGUGGGCGCAGGGGCACCUCGGAAGAACUGGUUGUGAGACUUUGAUAUCGUGCGGCCCCACGCGUCGCCCCUCUUGCCCCUCGGAGGAGUCUCCAUCCUUCGCUGCCCCCGCUGCCGUCCAGGAAGGAGUCGAAGACGCCGCAAGGCAGCCGUCACAGCCAUGCCCAAGAAUAAAGGUAAAGGAAGUAAAAAUCAACACAGAGGUAAGAAUGAGAAUGAAUUUGAAAAAAGAGAGCUGGUGUUCAAGGAUGGACCAGAAUAUGCACAAGUAAUCAAAAUGUUGGGAAAUGGACGAUUAGAAGCAAUGUGUUUUGAUGGCGUGAAGAGGUUAUGCCACAUUAGAGGGAAAUUGAGAAAAAAGCUUAGGAUAAAUACCUCAGAUAUUAUUUUGGUUGGUGUACGAGACUACCAGGAUAGUAAAGCUGAUGUAAUUUUAAAAUACAACGCAGAGGAAGCUAGAAGUCUGAAGGCAUAUGGCGAGCUUGGAGACCAUGCUAAGAUUAAUGAAACUGACACAUUUCGUCCUGGAGAUGAUGAUGAAAUCCAGUUUGAUGACACUGGAGAUAAUGAUGAAGACAUUGAUGAUAUCUAAAUUGAA